CCGACGCCGUUCUAUGUCGAGUCCCCUCUCCUCGCUGGCCCGCAUCUCCCGCCGUGCCCCCUCAUAGCAGCGUCAUGCUGCAGGAACUGUCUCAUAUGGACCGCAUCACCCAACUGCAGGAUGAGAUCCAACAACUGCUCACGAUAAUGUCGCACAGCAUCGCAUACCUCACCUCGCGCGCGAACUUCGUGCAGGUCAGCGCGGACGUGCCCGUCACGAAGGCGCGCAACCCGGACAAGUACGACGCCCCAGACGCGUUCGAAGCGAACAAAAAGGAGCUCGUGUCGGACCUGAUCGUGAAGGCGAAGCAGGUCGAGUACCUGAUCCAGUCCCUGCCCGAGCCGGACCCGGAGGAGGAGCAGGUCGAACGGCUGGAAGCCCUCGAGCAGGAGAUGGCCGACGCCAAUGCCGAGUAUGUCCAAGCCGUGAACCGUGCCAAGAACCUCCACUCCCAAAUAUGCGACGUGCUCCGCAAUAUGCUGGACGAGCCUGACAUUGUCAAAGAUGAGGCGGGCUGAACUCUGAAGCUACCUUUAGCACUGCGCGCCGGCCGUAGACCGUUCAUGUAUAUAUUUGCUGUGCCUGUCGAUAUUUACAUC